AAUCAACCGCUUAUCGGCAUCGAAAUCGACAUCUGCUCAUUGUCCGUGAAAAGAGCCUUUAUAUAUAGGGCUUAUUACCCAAUAUUUGUUGCAUUACAUGCUUUUGCUCCUUUCUGACAUUCAGAAGCCCGACUACAUCGCAGCAAACAUCACAUUUGAGGUCGGUAGUUUCAUUGACCAACUAUGGACGGCGUCGAUCACUUGGCUCACGAGAGGAAUAAGGCGCAAUUCGAUGUCGACGAGAUGAAGAUCGUCUGGGCUGGUUCCCGCCACGCCUUCCAUGUCUCCGAUCGCAUGGCUCGUCUGGUCGCAAGCGAUCCAGUUUUUCGAAAGGAUAAUAGAGCUAUGCUAAGCCGGAAGGAAUUGUUUAAAAACACUCUGAAGAAAGCAGCUCAUGCAUGGAAACGUAUCAUUGAGCUCCGCCUUUCUGAAGAAGAGGCUGGUAAGUUGAGGUUUUAUGUGGAUGAACCUGCAUUUACGGAUCUUCACUGGGGAAUGUUUGUUCCAGCAAUUAAAGGACAAGGCACUGAUGAGCAGCAACAGAAAUGGCUACCUUUGGCAUAUAAGAUGCAAAUAAUUGGAUGCUAUGCACAAACUGAACUUGGUCAUGGCUCCAAUGUUCAAGGGCUUGAAACUACUGCAACAUUUGAUCCAGAGACAGAUGAAUUUAUUAUUCACAGUCCUACACUAACUUCAAGCAAAUGGUGGCCUGGUGGAUUGGGUAAAAUUUCCACACAUGCUGUUGUUUAUGCACGUCUUAUAACUGAUGGUCAAGAACAUGGAGUACAUGGCUUUAUCGUCCAACUUCGCAGUUUGGAUGAUCACAUGCCUCUUCCAGGCAUAACAGUUGGUGAUAUUGGAAUGAAAUUUGGGAGUGGAGCAUAUAAUACCAUGGACAAUGGUGUUUUAAGAUUUGAUCAUGUGCGCAUCCCAAGGAACCAAAUGUUGAUGCGAGUAAUGCAGGUUACAAGGGAAGGGAAAUGUGUGCAAUCCAAUGUCCCACGGCAAUUGAUUUAUGGCACUAUGGUAUUCGUGCGGCAGACAAUUGUAGCUGAUGCAUCCUCUGCUUUAUCACGGGCAGUUUGUAUUGCUACAAGAUAUAGUGCCGUCCGCAGACAAUUUGGUUCUCAGGAUGGUGGCAUUGAGACCCAGGUGAUCGACUACAAAACUCAGCAAAAUAGACUCUUCCCUUUGUUGGCUUCUGCAUAUGCUUUCAGAUUUGUUGGUGAAUGGUUGAAAUGGCUUUAUACGGAUGUGACCCAGAGGUUGCAAGCCAAUGAUUUCUCAACAUUGCCUGAAGCUCAUGCAUGUACUGCUGGUUUGAAGUCAUUGACUACUUCAGCAACUGCUGAUGCUAUUGAAGAAUGUAGGAAACUAUGUGGUGGACAUGGUUACCUUUCCUCCAGUGGGCUUCCUGAGUUGUUUGCUGUUUAUGUUCCAGCCUGUACAUAUGAAGGAGACAACGUUGUGCUGCUUUUACAGGUUGCAAGGUUUCUCAUGAAAACUGUUUCUCAGCUGGGUUCUGGAAAGAGGCCUAUUGGAACAACAGCUUACAUGGCACAGGCAGAGGAUCUUUUGCAGUGCCGUUGUAGAGUUCAAAAGGCGGAGGAUUGGUUAAAACCUAGUAUUUUAUUGGAGGCAUUUGAAGCCAGGGCUGUUAGGAUAUGUGUUGCCCGUGCUGAAAGCCUUAGCAAGUUUCCAAAUCCUGAAGAGGGUUUUGCUGAACUCUCUGCUGAUCUUGUUGAGGCUGCAAUUGCUCAUUGCCAGUUGAUUGUCGUGUCCAAGUUCAUUGAGAAAUUGCAGCAAGAUAUACCAGGGAAAGGAGUGAAACAGCAAUUGCAGAUUCUUUGCAAUAUUUAUGCUUUGAACCUCCUUCACAAACAUCUGGGUGAUUUUCUAUCUACCGGAUGCAUCACACCCGAGCAAGCUUCACUUGCAAAUGAUCAGCUCAGAUCUUUAUAUUCCCAGAUCCGACCAAAUGCCAUUGCACUCGUUGACGCAUUUAACUACACUGAUCACUACCUUGGUUCGGUUCUUGGUUGUUAUGAUGGAAACGUAUAUCCGAAACUCUAUGAAGAAGCAUGGAAGGAUCCGUUAAAUGAUUCGGUUGUGCCUGAUGGCUUUCAUGAAUAUGUUCGCCCAAUGCUGAAGCAGCAGCUCCGUAAUGCCAGACUCUGAAGAGUGUAGAGUAAUGCUAUAUUGUUGCGAGUAAUAGUGCUACUAAAGCUGCCCAAAAGGAUCACCAGAAAGGCGAAAAUUGGGUUUUUUAUUUUCUUAUAAACCAUUAGACUAGUCAUUAUUUAUCGUCGAUAAGUCCUUUUUUCCAUAUUGCGAAUUAGUGGCAAGUAGUUUUUGUAUAUUUGGACGCAUAGCAUGUUGUUUUGUGUAUCUAUACAAUCUUCCGAACUUGUCCCA